GCAGCAGCAGCAGCGGAGCCGGAGAACAUGAAAAUGUGAAAACACCCGAGACCCGAUAGGACCAGCUCAAGAUUUCCACCAGGAAAAAACUCGUUACAACGGCAAAAAGCGAACAGACGCUCCCACACUGAGGAAAGGGUUCUCACACACUGCCGCCGAAUGAAGAAGUGACCACAGUCAUGGCUGUCCAAACUGGCAUCCAGGUAUGGUUCGGCGAGAAGUUCGAUGCCCCGUUGAUGAGCCCCAGGAGCCCUCGCAGCGUGCUAGCGCAGCGGCACGGCCCCGGACUCACAGACGUCUUCCAGUACGACCAGUGGCUGGCAGUGCGACACGAAGCCACACUGGUGCCCAUGCAGGAGGAUCUGGCCAUCUGGCUCACGGGCAUGCUGGGAGAGGAAGUGAGAGCUGAGUUUUUCAUGGAGGAGCUGAAUAACGGCGUGAAGCUCUGCCAGCUUAUCGGCGUGCUCCAGACCAAGAUCGCCCAGAGCUGCCCCUCCGCGCUCGGCAAGCUGUUUCCUACAAGGAAGGUUGCCUGCAAGCGAGACGCAUCUCCAGGUUCCUUCUUCGCUCGUGACAACACCGCCAACUUCCUGGCUUGGUGUCGACGCGUCGGCGUGGAGGAGACGUACCUGUUUGAGUCGGAGGGCCUCGUGCUGCACAAGGAGCCUCGGCAGGUUUGCCUGUGUCUGCUGGAGAUCGGCCGCAUCGUCUCCAAGUACGGCGUGGAGCCUCCUGUGCUGGUGAAGCUGGAGAAGGAGAUCGAGCUGGAGGAGAGUCUGCUGAUGACGCAGGAGCCGCCUCCAGCUGUCAAGACCUUCAGCGUGUGCUGCCAGCACGGCGGCCUCUACCAGCCCGGGGAGCACGGGAUGGAUGAUCCACCCUGUAACUGCUCCAACAGAGUUUCUAUUGAGUACCUGUCCGAGGGACGCUACAGACUCGGAGAUAAGACCAUUUUUAUUCGGAUGCUUCACGGUAAACACGUGAUGGUUCGUGUCGGAGGCGGCUGGGACACUCUGCGCGGCUUCCUCAUGAAAUACGACCCUCUGCGAGUGCUGCAGUUCACCACCCUGGAGCAGAAGAUCCUGGCCUUUCAGAAAGGCCCCCCAGGCCUGGGAGGUCACCAGCACAACGCGGCCCCUCCUCCUCCUCCUGACAUGGACCCCCUCGCUGCCGUCAACAACCUCAUCUCCUCCUCUUCGUCCUCGUCCUCCUCCUCCACCUCGUCGUCUUCCUCCUCCUCGGGCUCCAGCUCCAAGCAGACUCCCGUGAACGCUGCAGGUCAGACGUGUCGCUCCUACGCCCCCUCCCCGGCCGGCACCCCUACCCUGCCCAGGAAGGGCUUGGCUCCUAAGAAGAAUCUCCAGAUGACACCUACUUCCCCCAGGAAGCCCACCCAGCUCCCUCUACCCAUCACCAGCAAAGGCUCCUCCUCUCUGCCCUCGACACCUGUGGGGGUCUCCUCCAGACACCCUCCCAGCCCCGGGUGUCAGGGCGUGCAGGCGCAGCGUCGAGCUCUGACUCCAGCAGCUUCUCCGUCGCCUGCUCCUGCAGAUCCCAGCCCCCUCACGUCCAGGCUGAAGCUCCGAGCACCGACACGCGGCCCCGCCUCUCAGCCCAGGAGCCCCGUGUGCCCCGAGCCCUCCUCCAAAUACCCCAAACCCUCCAGCCCCUGCGCCUCCCCGUCCGCCGCCCCAGUGCCUCGCCCCGUCCCCGCACCGGUACGGGCGCCUACCUCCAAAGAUGCCCGGCCCCCAACGGGCGCCAGCCAGCGCUCCCGCCUUGCACAGCGCCGCCCCGGCUCCCCGGCGUCGCGCCUCCGUCUGGAGGCAACCAGGCGAGCGAGGGCGACCACGAGGGCUGCGGCGGCGACAGCAGCAGCCCCACAGCUCCGGACCCCCACCCCCAGCUCACGGACAGCCUCCCCCGCACCGGCAAAGCCUGCCAGCUCCCUGCCCAAGGCCAAGGAGGCCACAGCCAAAUCUAAGGGACCAGCUCCAAGCAAGGCAGCUGCCACCCCUCCGCAAGGUGCCGGCGUAGCCCCCGGGCGGGUCCCAGGGGCCAACGCCGGCCCCCCUGCUGCCAGCAAAGCCAGUCAGAAAACACCAGCCGCGGCACAGAGGACGGGGAGAACACAAGCAGCCACCACAAACGGCAUCAACGCGAAGUCCGCUCUGAAACCCGAGCAGCCUGCAGCUAAAGCGCCGCCCCCGCAGAAAACCGCCGUCAGAGCCGUCAAAGCCGAGCCCAGCGUCACAAAGAAGACCCCCCAGGGCAAAGGAAAAACCGAGGACACGUAUUUUGAAAUGAACGGUAGAAGGAGGCAGAAGACUUAAAAACCAGCAGCUUCUCGCCACAAACCAGCACUUGUUGAAGCUCAGACUCUAAUAGCGGACGUCAUCACUAAUCAUGGAAAAGCUCGUCGUUGUCGACCACGUUUUGUCUCGAUUUUUCUAUGUUAUUUAAUAGUCUUUUAUUUUGUAUGUUUUUUUUUUCAAUCCAAAAGGGUCAAACAUGUCAGGCUCAGUGUGUUUUGUCUCUGUGGUGAUUGGUCAUAUAUGUGUAUAUCCAGGAUUAACAUUACAGCGUUUACAUUUACACCUUCACGUACAGCCAUUACAAAUUUUAAGGUUUUAAGGAUUUUUUUUUUUUUUUUUAAGAGAAAUCAUGUACAAAUACUAACCUCAGUUUUUUUAAAAACUCAACACAAGUUAACAGGACACAGCCAUGACUUAAUAAAGCGCACUUAGUCGGAGAAAGAUCUGUUUUAUUCAGAAGAGAAGCAGGUAAGGUCCUGUUUUCUCCAGCAGGCUACCAAAGUUAUAAAGUUGACCACAACUCGUGUUUUUUUUUGUUGUUUUUUUUUUUGUUUUUUCCCUCCCAGUGAGAACACACUUUCCACUGGUGGCAGUUUCAAUCUAAUACAAGUGUCUGAUUUUAGCAGAAAUAAUAAGUAGGUGGGGAGCUGUCCUCCCGGUCCCGUGCCUUCGUCAGAAUCUUUCUGAGCGGCAUUAGAAUGUAUAAACAGAGAGGAGGGUGGCGGGUUAAAACGUUUUUCACUGAUGACAAUUGCACAUUGUGUACGAGCACUCGUGACUCUGGAUAAGAGGCAGAGUCUCGGAUGAACUACUGAUCGAACGCCUCUUUCUCUCUCAGACAGAAAACACUCAUUUUAGAGCAGAAUCUACUUAGUGUAGACUUGUUUUAUAUGGUUUCUAAUUGUUAUUAAUUUGUGUUUGUGCAUAUUAAAAGUCUAGUUUUCUAUGUGGUGGCGUUUGUGUACGUGUGAGUAUGUGUCUGUAUAGAUACACGGCAUAUUAUCAGUGAGGCUUUUUUUUUUUCUCCUUGUUUGGCACUUUACAGAAACCUUUGUGUUCGUCACAGUUUGAAUGUUGAUUCUGUCUCUUGAUUAAUAAAUGGACAAACGUUUUAAAAAUCA